AUGGAUCUAUGCUCAGCACCACGAGGUAGUGGAAAACAGAGAAGUGGAAUUAGUCCUGCGGUACCGCCUCGGAUCUGUUCCCACCUCAGCGCCACCAACAUCACCACAGCCACCGCCGAUAGUAAUUCGCCAUUCCCCUGUCGGAAAUCUAGGUCCACUGUAGAACCGGCGACACAGGACGGUGUCUGGGCUCAUGGAGUCGUGCCUCUUCAUGGUGGUGACUCAUUGUAUGGACGACCCUCUUGGCUGAGUCAGCGUGAACAUCUGGGUCUGCGUGCAAUCGUGCGUACAAUCCCCCACACGGACACUCGUCUCACGAUCCCGGUUUACGCCAAAACAUGUCGAAGAAUCGGCUCCCUCUUCCUAGCAGACACUGCGUACUUUGUCGGUAUAUUCCAGACAUUUCAACGUGUCACAGAGGCUUGUUCUGUGGUCGUUCAAAAUGCCCUAUUCCGUCAUUUUCUAACUCAGGAGGCUUCUGUUUUUCAUAAGGCCGUUGUUGUUCCUUGUCUGGUUGAUUCUCUCAGCUACCUUACUGCACCUUUAGACAAUCUCAGCGUUCUUAUAAUGCCAACUGGGCUUGCAGUGGACAGCCUCACCUCCAGUCAACAACAGACGAUGUUCAACUGUUUGGGCAAAGGCAGUGUUCAGAGCAGUCCGUGCGUUGAGAAUGCCACGUCGGCUGGCCGCAGACACACCCUCGGUGGCUCCACCAUCGAUCCGCCGCCCGCGGCAAUGCGACACGUCAACCCCCCGCAUCCUCACAAUUUCGCCCAGUCGUCCGCCUCAAGACCCGUCCAGAAGGUCUCGUGCAGCAUGUGGAACUCCCAGACCGGACCGUCUUCGCCCACCACCAGCAGUCAAGGUGCGGUUGUGUCCUCGACCGGUGCAACUGCGUACCACCUGUCUGCUGAGUCACAGACCUACUCCCCCACCCCCCUCCACUCUCACACACACACAACCCACCGACCCCAGGAAUCAGAUUCCCUGCCCACUCGGUACUAA